AUGACCAUCGGAAGACAGGCCGAAAGUGGAAGGACGGCCACCCCCAUGAUGUUGUUGGUUCAUCGAUGGACCAACAAUCGAAUGCCAGAGACUUGUAACCCUAGGUUCUCUGCUGCAACCACCAAUGACAAGAACGCUACCAUCCGCGACCUCAUUGUCAGCCCCGACCCUACCUCGGCCCUCCUCCUCUUCACUUGUGAGAUGCUACCCCUCUCCCCUCCUCGCCCCGAUGCCCUCACCUCUCCUUCGCCAUCCGCAUCACUGCCCGCCUUUCCUCCCUCCACCCCACCUGCCAACUCCACUCCCUCUUCUUCCGCUUCAGCCUCACUGUUGAUGUCUGCCUUGUCACCACCCUCCUCGAUGCCUAUGUCAAGGCCCCCGACCUACUCUCCACCCAUCAGAUCUUCUCUGAAAUGUCCCUCCAUGACAUCACCACCUGGAAUGCCCUCAUCUUAG